AAACGUCACAAAUUAAAAGACAUCCCUACCUUACUUAAGGUACCUUACCUAGCCUACUCUUGACCAUCGGCCUGCAGAUACUGGCCACCUAGGUCGAGAACUUACGGUGUGCUCUGCUUACUCUUGCAGACGGCAGAGCGUGCUAUGCAACCAUGUAAUUCCCAACCCGCCUUCCGCUCCUUCACAAGCGCAAUACAUCACCAGUGCAAUUUCUUUCGGCCGGUCCCACGACCAUGUCUCCUCUGGACAAGCUCUACCUUAUUGCCUGCUGGUCCUAUAUCAUCAGCUUUCACCUCACCUUUACGCUGCUCACGCUCAAUUUUAACCAGCGGAGCACGCUUCUCGUCCUCCAGACGAUGGACUGAUCGACAACGAGGGGACCAGUUCGCCCGUGCGGCCAAGGUCCAGGGGCUCAAGAGCCGUGCGGCCUUCAAGCUGCUCCAGAUCAACGAUCGGUAUCGACUUUUCAAACCGGGAAUGACCGUUGUGGAUUUGGGUUUUGCGCCAGGGAGCUGGAGUCAGGUUGCGAUCGACCUGACCAAACCACGCGGUCGAGUCUUGGGCGUCGAUCUAAUCCCUGUGCAGCCGCCGAAAGGCGUCUCGACAAUUCAAGGCGAUUUUCUCUCGCCCGAUGUGCAAGCCGAGAUCAAAUCGUUCCUCCGCGACCCCGAUCGCGGCCGUCUGCGCCGUCCUCUCAUGUUCGGCAUGCCCGAGACACCGUCCGACGGACACAUUGACCAGGGAAUACUUGAGGAAGCGGAGGGGGGUUAUCUGGAAAGAGAAAGCCACAUAGCAGUCGAAGAGGCGGGACACCACCAAGAGAACACGGCAAGUGAACAAGAACAGGAGCAUGAACAUCAGGACAAGUGUAUCGACGUGGUGUUGAGCGACAUGUGCGAACCCUGGGACCCGCUCGAUGGGCUGUACAAGAAGAGCAUCAGUAACCCAUAUUACAGGUUGAUGAACACGAGUGGCAAUGCUUUCAGGGAUCACGCGGGUAGUAUGGAUCUUUGCAGAGCAGCCUUGCAAUUUAGCUACGACACUCUCAAAGUUGGAGGACAUUUCGUGUGCAAGUUCUACCAGGGCGUCGAGGACAAGGCGCUCGAGAAGAGCUUGAAGGCCAUGUUCCACAAAGUGCAUCGCGAGAAGCCCGAAAGUUCGAGGAGCGAGUCGAAGGAGGCUUAUUUCGUCGGCAUCAAGAGGCUGGCGAAAGUCGAUAAGGAUGCAGUGCUUGCUGGGCCUUAGAUUGCUGAUCUUUAGCUCGCUGUCCACACGGUGGUGCUUGGACUUGGAGUCUGAGACUGGGAAACACAGCGAGAGGCAAGAUCGACAACCUGCGUCCAGUUCUGAUGGCAGCCACUACCAUCAACCAAGCCCGUGAGGAUAGUGUUUCUGGUUAUAUGGAUUGGGAUCCAGGCUAUACUAUCCGACGUCCACGAAAUCUACGACAGAAGCGAUGACCGCUGGACUCAUUCAGUGGCAGGCUGCUGCCACUUUUCUGGUCAAAGUCUUAUAUCAACUCGCCCUCUUCAUCCUCGGCCGUCUCAUCCUCGCUGAACUCGAUGUCAGCGGCGGCAGCUUCAGCCGCCCUGUGCACUUCUUUCAGCCCACUGAGUUCCUCCACAUAGUCCUUCUCAUUCAGGGCCUUCUGCACGAAAUCCCAGCCAUCCGAAGUAUAAGCGUCCAGCACUUUUUGCGAACACGCACUGCAGCAAUCAUACGCCCUACCAGCGAUGUUCAUGUUCGUAAAUGUCGACAAGAACCCACGAAUUUGGUGUGGAAUCAGGCCUAACGGGUGGUCGCCUCUGUCUUCCGAAGACGACAACGACGCCGGCGCCGCUGCUCCAUCCGGAUGUUGCAGUAUCGACACGAGUAACUCGACGAGAAGUGCGGACGCUAUGGCCGCUAUCCCGGGUCGAGUGACAGUGCAUUGCUGAUCGAGAGUCUGAUCUUUCAUCGAGUCGGCCGGCGCCACGACGUCGUUGCAGAAAUAGCAUCCCAAGGCUUGCUCUGCAUUCUGACCCUCCACUGUGACGCCAUGCCUCAUGACGACGUACGUAUCGAAGCCAAGGGCGGCGUUCAUCACGAUCUUCCCAGCCGCCUUGCCCAUAACGGUCGGCAACCAUCUAGACUCCCUGGUAUCCAUAAGCAAGAAUAUAACAUCAUGUUCCUCGA